CAUUGUCGAUUUGCAUAUUCCAUGUUUAUAAAUACGGCCAACAUUCCAUAGCCCUGCUUUAUUUCUAGUUUGAAACUUCGACAAGAUAUUUGACAAAAAUGAAAUUGGUAGCUGUUUUAUUGGCCCUCUGCCUGAUGGUUUUGAGUGUGGCUGCAGCUAAAGAUCCUGCCUGUGAUCAACCACCCAUGGAAAUCGGCCAAUGUCGGGCUACGCAGAAACGUUUCACCUAUGUGGCCAAAUCCAAUGAAUGUGUCGCCUUCAAUUACGGCGGUUGCCGCGGCAACGACAAUAACUUUGCCACCAAAAGUGAAUGUGAGAAAAAGUGCAAGCAAUAAGUAAAGAAGUUGGAAAAGAAAAGAAUUAAUAAAAUACAAGACAUUGCUGUCGAAAACAACUGAUG